CGCGCGCGCCGUCAGUGGCUAACAAGACGCCGCGUCGCGCGCUCCGCUCGGCCUGCCGCUCAGCCCUCGCAUCUCCAAUCGAAAAUUACGAACGCUCGCAAUCUUAUAAUCUAACCGCACAAAUACGAACCGUCGCACAUAAAAAUUUAACUAAACAACCUCUUCUCCUGACACAAAAAUACACUUCGUACUAUAUCUGAAAUUAUCAAACACGUGUUUAUAUAUAGUUGGCGCGAACACGGUGUCGACUGAUCCACGUUUUUCACUACGAGUGAAUAAAUAAUUAGCGUCCGACGUCGUCGCGAGAAAUUUCACUUUUUACCGGCGAAGAUCUGUUGCUGUCUAACCUUCUGGACCUGUCUGCACUGGAUGGACCACUGAGCCCAAUCCACUAUAAUGAAAUUUUACCAGAGUGGAAGAAAAAUUAUAUAUUCAUCGAACUACAAGCAUAAAAUAUAAACAGAAGCAAAUUAUUUCCUCAAUUUGAUAUCGAAGUGAAAGUGUUAUGUUUAAUUCAUAGUGACUGUUAAAAGGGUAUAAACGACCCUGUGAGGACAAAAAUGGUUGUUAGUGACUGUUGGGUGCUCAGAAAUAUGGAUGUCCGACAUUCAAUAUUCAAACUUUUAUUAUUCCAAAUUUUGGUGGCGUGGUGCAGCGCGAAGCAUGUCACGAUAGAAAAUAACCUACCGAGAGUAGAGAUUCUAUCGAACGAUGUAGAAAAUGAUGUCCAGGAUAGUAUAAGAAAUUUAUUACACAAUGGUUUAUAUUCUCAUCAGCAUUUGAACCCAUCAAGUCUACAAGUGACGACGCCGGUGAAGGUGACGUAUGAGGGCGAAUUCGUGUCGCACUCCCUGGACCACGAGCAUCCGCACGGGCACGCGCGCGCGCGCCGCGACACGCACGAGCGCGGCCUGCCUCAUGACCUGCACUACAACCUCACGGUCGACGGCCGGGACCUCAGGCUCGACCUGCGGCCGUCGGUGUCAUUCGUUGGACCAGCGAUGAUCAUAGAGCGGCACAGGAUCAGCGGGCGCACGCGCGAGCGGCCGAAACCUAAGGCCACGGCCUGCCACUAUACAGGUGCCAUCCGGGGGCAGCCUUCCUCUAGCAUCGCGCUCUCGGCGUGCGAUGGACUUGCAGGCCUCCUACGAACAGAACACGGGGAGUAUUGGAUUGAACCGUCCAAUCAAAUAUCUUCUGAUAGUUCGCAAGGACGGCCUCAUGUCAUUUAUAAAAGAUCUGCUCUGAUGCAACAAGGCACUCAUAGAGGCAAAAGAGAAGUAGAUACGAGAACACAUUCCGAUAGACCUACUCAAAGAUUUAGCAGUAAUAAAUACACACAAAAUCAGCCAAACAAGUAUUAUGACACGGCAAGAAGGGAUAGACUAGCGAUGGAUCGUCGUCGGCGAGAGUAUUUGGAGGAAAGGCGAAGACGCUUAGAAGCGAUGAGAAGAAAUCCUACCGAGUACAGAAGUCAUCAAGCCAAGCUACGAAUGGAACAACGACGAUUGCAAGCAAUGUCUAAAAGUAUUUCAGUAGAGAGCAAGUCAGUGGAACAGAACUCAGCAUUAAAGAACGGGAACCGAAAAAAAAUCAACAAUGAUAUGAGAUUGCGACGAGUAAAAAAUAGACGAAACAGACGUAGGCGAUCAAAGAAUUGCGCCACGAAGCAGCCGCCUUACCAGUGGAAGACCAAAGACAUGGAUCAUCAUGAGCUUGAGCAACAUAAAAAUAAAGGACAAAAUAGGAACAAUCAUUACAACAGCAACUAUCGUCGCGGCAACCCCAGAAGGCAGAGACGGCCAACACGGUCAGUGAGCAAGCCUCGCCAUGUAGAAGUGUUGCUGGUAGCAGAUAAGUCCAUGACUGACUUUCACGACGAAGACAACAUAGAGACUUAUCUCCUUACCAUUAUGAACAUGGUGUCAUCGCUCUACAUGGAUCCAUCAAUAGGAAACUACAUCAAAGUGGUGGUUGUAAAGAUCAUCUUCGUGGAAGACCUAGGAGCAGCUCCUGACUUGGAAGUGACGAGUGACGCCGACACCACGCUGACGUCAUUCUGCCGGUGGCAGCAGCAACUGAACCCGGAUGAUGACGCCAACCCUCAUCACCACGACGUAGCCAUUCUCAUCACCAGGCAGGACAUUUGCAGUCAGCACGGCAACCCUUGUAGUACGUUGGGCGUGGCGCACGUGGCGGGCAUGUGCAAGCCGGACCGCAGCUGCUCCGUCAACGAGGACAACGGCAUCAUGCUGGCGCACACCAUCACGCACGAGCUGGGACACAAUUUCGGCCUGUACCAUGACACGGAGAAGAUCGGUUGCCAUCGGCGCGAGGGAUCUACCCUGCACAUCAUGACCCCCAUUUUCGAGGCUGAUACCGUACAAGUGGCUUGGUCGCGAUGCAGCAAGCGGGACGUCACCAACUUCUUGGAUGCUGGCAUGGGCGAGUGUCUGAGCGACCGGCCGUCCCAAGACGAAUACAUCUAUCCCGAAGUCCCAGCUGGGGUGAUGUUUGACGCGGCUACACAGUGUCACCUGCAAUUUGGCGCGGAGGCAGUAGUAUGUGCGAAGCCAUCGGAGCUGUGCGAACACCUGUGGUGCCUCGUCAACAACACCUGCAAGACCAUGCUGCGGCCUGCCGCGCCCGGGACCACUUGUGGACCUGAUAUGUGGUGCCAAAACCAGACGUGUGUAGCACGAACUCCAUCACCCGCGCCGCGCCACGGCGGCUGGGGCCCGUGGAGCGAGUGGAGCGAAUGUUCGCGCACGUGCGGCGCGGGCGUCUCGACGCAGUCGCGCAAGUGCAACAACCCGGAGCCCUCCAACAAGGGCAACUACUGCAUCGGGGACAGGAGCCGAUACAAGAUAUGCAAUACGGAUCCAUGUCCAAUCAACGAGCCGACGUUCAGAGAAGUGCAAUGCGCCAAAUACAACAACAGAACGUACAAGAACGUCACAGUGGCCGAGUGGAUACCCUACUUCGACCAAGACAGGCCGUGCGAGCUGAAGUGUGUGCCUCGCGAUGACAGCGACCUCCAACUGAUGUCGCCAGCCUUCGUGGCCGACGGAACACCCUGCAGGCAGAGCAUCGGCUCUAGGGACAUGUGCAUUGCUGGCGUAUGCUACAAAGUGGGCUGCGACUGGGAGGUGAAUUCCGACGCAGAGGAGGACGCUUGCGGCGUAUGUGGCGGCAACGGCUCCGCCUGCAAGACCGUCAAGGGCAUCUACAGCAAGGGCACCACUAAGCAGUCCGGCUUUAGCGAAGUGGCGGUCAUACCAGCCGGCUCAAGAAAUGUGAAGAUUCAAGAGAAAGUCAGUCCUGGAAACUACAUCUCCAUUGGAAGCGCGAAGUCGAGGAAGAUUUAUUUGAGUGGAGCAAGAAAUACCACUUUGACUGAGUACUUCGUGGCUGGAGCGCAAGCAAUCUAUGAACGAGAUCGCGAUUGGGAGAAAGUGAGAAUCUCAGGACCAAUCGAGGAAGACAUCAAAGUUUAUCAACGAAUAUACCGCGGCCGCCACCGCAACCCGGGCGUGACGUACCAGUACACGGUGGACCGGCAGCGGCAGCGGCGCUUCGGGUACCGCCUGUCCGACUGGUCGCCCUGCUCCGUGACGUGCGGCGUGGGCUACAUGCGUCGUCAUUACGAGUGCGUCGACGAACACAACCACCUGGUAGAGCAGUCGCAGUGCUACCACAUCGAGCCGCCACGGCACGAGGCGCUGAUGCAGCAGUGCCGGCCCGCCGCCUGCCCGCACUGGUGGGUCGGCGCCUGGAACCACUGCUCCAAGCCCUGCCAUAUGCCGGGCGAGGAGGCAACGAAACAGCGCAGCGUAUACUGCGUGGACAAAGUAUCAAACGGGGUCGUGGAAGACUCCAAGUGCGACGCGGCGACCAAACCGAUCAGCAUCAUCAAGUGCGCAGACGUCCCCGCGUGCUAGCGGGGCCACUACGCCUACUAAAUGGAUCACGUUACCUUGGAUCAAACCAGAACAGAAACCUAAUACACGAGUUACAAACAAAAUAUGAGAGUCAAAUGACUGAAGACAAUAAGAGAUAAGUAGCAGAUUACAAAUUAAUAUCACUAAACAAAUGGUGGCUACAAAAUUAGUGACGUAACAAAAUAAUAUAAUGAAACGGUGAAAGUUAAUGUGAAGUGUUUUGUCUUGAGUGAAUCUAAAAUUCUGACAAGAAAACUUUAUUGAAACGACGAUUGUGAGAGAGCCGGGAAUAUGUGUUACGUUUUACUUACAAUGAAUAAGUAACCCAUCGAAUAGACUUAAAAUUACGCGUAAGAACUCGAAUAGUAUCACUUUGUGGUGACGUGCGAAUCUCGCGAGACACGAAACAGUUUUCUGCAAUUACCACUUACUGCCAUAUUACAUAAGUAAUUUCUAGUUUUAACAUAGUCUCCGCUUAGUUUUUAACGACUAAUAAUAUUUUUCAGUAUUAAAGUGGUGUAUGUAUUUCUGGAAAUAUGCAGAUUAAAUGUGAAAGUGUUUUUGUAGGUACUAUAAAAAUUGGACCAAAAAUAUUUUAGAAUUCAAAUUCACGUUGCCAUAAUCACGGUUACUGCCAAUAUGACACUGUAUUAUAAUAAAGUUAAUGCAUUAGGUCUUAUUUAAGAUUAUCUUAUUAGUACUAAUAAAAUUGAUAU